AUGCCAGCACCUCUGAAAGAUGCGGCCAAAUUUCUGAAGAGCACCCUCCGUCUCCCCUCGUCGACGUUCCCACCGCGACCCAGGCCCGCGGACCUCGCCAGAUACCUCCCAAGAUGCACAGAUGACCUCUACGCCUGGCAGCGCCGGGAGAGGCCUGCUUCAGACACCUUUGUUCUCCACGAUGGGCCGCCGUACGCGAACGGGGAUCUGCACGUCGGGCACGCCCUCAACAAGAUCGUCAAGGAUAUCAUUUCUCGCUCCAGGCUGGCUGAGGGCCGAAGAGUGGACUAUGUCCCUGGCUGGGACUGUCAUGGGUUGCCGAUCGAGCUCAAGGCUCUGGAGAAGCACGGCUGGGAGCGGGGACAGGGCGUCGACGCCGUCUCGAUACGGAGUGCCGCAAGAAAGUUUGCAUACAAGACGGUGGAAAAGCAGAUGGCUGAUUUCAGGUCGUGGGCUGUCAUGGGCGACUGGGACAAUCACUGGAAGACCAUGCAGAAGGAUUUCGAGCUGCGGCAAUUGGCAGUGUUUCGAGCAAUGGUCCAGUACGGGUUGAUAUAUCGCAAGCACAAGCCCGUCUACUGGUCCCCUUCCUCUGGGACAGCUCUUGCGGAAGCCGAGCUGGAGUAUCAGGACGACCAUGUCUCUUCUGCGGCCUUGGUCAAGUUCCCUCUAGACCUGUUCGGACCUUUCUCGGAUGGACCUGUACAUGCCUUGAUUUGGACAACCACGCCCUGGACUCUCCCGGCAAAUCAGGCCAUCGCCGUCAACACAUCUCUCCCAUAUUGUCUUGUCAGAUCAGCUACUCAUGGUACACUUCUUGUGGCCCGGUCGAGGCUAGAGUACCUUGAGGAGUGCAUUGGAGAGUCCGUGGAAGUCGUCAUGGAAGAUGUUCCUUCUGAAGUGCUGUUGCAGAGCACUUAUUCUGGUCUUCACCAUUUUGGGAGAGAAGCAGCAAAUCGUCCCAUCGUUCAUGCAGACUUCGUGUCCGCUGACAGUGGCACCGGACUCGUGCACUGCGCUCCAGGUCAUGGUCUGGAAGACUAUGAAGCCCUGCAGCCCCUGAUCAAAGCUUCCACUGUUUCUGUGAAAGCCCCGGUGGACAAUUCUGGGUGCUUUGAUGACACCGCAUCACCCGAGGAUCCCAGCCUCCUUGCUGGACAAGACGUGUUCAAACAGGGUAACGACAGCAUCCUCCAGCUUUUGCGAGCCAACAACCGACUAGUCCACCAGCAUCGCUACGUCCACAAGUAUCCUAUCGACUGGCGGACCAAAGAGCCAGUCAUCAUUCGUGCAACAGCUCAAUGGUUUGCGGACGUCUCCAAGAUCAGGACCGACGCACUCAACUCUCUCGAUGCCGUAAAGUUUCUCCCAGACACAGGCAAAGCGCGGUUGCGCAGUUUUGUCGCGAAUCGGAGCGAGUGGUGCAUCUCCCGACAACGCUCUUGGGGCGUUCCGAUUCCGGCCAUAUACCACAAGAGCACGGGUGAAGCAGUCCUGACAUCCCAGAGUAUUGAUCACAUCAUCAAAACCAUCAACGAACGCGGUAUCGAUGCCUGGUGGUCCGAUCCUCAAGACAGCAGCCAAUGGAUAGUCCCAGGGUUGCCAGGAGUCGCUUCAGACUACAUUCGGGGCACUGACACAAUGGAUGUCUGGUUUGACAGUGGAACCAGCUGGACUUUUAUGCUCAAGGACGACCUACUCUCUUUGGGCUCUACAUCACAACCGACGCCCAUCGCCGAUGUCUAUCUCGAAGGCACUGAUCAACACAGAGGGUGGUUUCAGUCGAGCCUUCUCACGAAUAUUGCAUUCCAGAAGUCUCUCCAGUCAGCCUCGAACCCCAAUUCCCCUGUGGAAUAUCAACCACAUGCUCCGUUUCGCGUUCUCGCGACCCAUGGUUUCACUCUAGACGGCCAAGGCAAGAAGAUGAGCAAAUCGCUCGGCAACGUUAUCAGCCCUAGUCAGAUGAUUUCGGGAUUCGCCGCCCCUACGAAACAAUCAAAGCAGAAGCGCGAAGUCCAUCCGCUCGGUCCAGACGCGUUACGACUGUGGGCAGCGUCCAGUGAGUGGACCAAGGACGUGGUGAUUAGCGAAACUGUCGUGUCGUCUGUCCACGGCAUGCUUGACAAGUUCCGCUUGACCUUCAAGAUGCUGUUAGGAAUGCUGGCAGAUUUCAAUCCUGAGCUUCUCGUUCCGUAUGAGCGGAUGUCUCGACUGGAUCAAAUCGCACUGCAUCAUCUUUUUCUGACGUUCAGCUCCGUCCGCAAAGCAUACGCUGACUUUGAGUUCCACAAAGCCUCUGGCUCGAUAUAUCGAUGGGUGACAACUGAUCUUUCGAGCUUCUACUUUGAGGGCAUCAAGGAUGUGAUCUACUGCGAUAUGCCUGUGAGUGCACGGCGCCUAAGUGCCCAGACCGCACUUCAUCACAUUCUUUGCCAUUUCCAGAACAUGCUUGGACCCAUAACGCCGUUGCUGGUGGAAGAAAGUUGGGAGCAUAGCCCGGAGAAGUACAAGAAGACAUUAGAGCACCCCUUGAGACGAAUAUGGUCACAUCUGUCAGAGGAGUGGUACGAUCAGUCACUCGAGGCUUUGCUACCCCAUAUCGCUGCUAUCAACUCAAGCGUCAAAGCCGCUCAAGAGACAGCGCGAACACAGAAACUUAUGGGACAGUCACUGGCAUCCGAUGUCACCAUCUAUCUGCAGAAGAGUGCGGACAUUUCGAGCAUUCCGAAAGAUACAUGGAAAGAACUCUUGGUCGUGUCCUCUGCCGAAAUAAUCACAACAGAGAUCAAUGAGUUGGAUUCUCCAGAGUCAAGUGUAGACUCUCGCUCGGAUUGGUCAUUCACAAGUGAUGUUGUCUCAACAGAGGGCGAAAAGAUGGGGAGGGUGGUUGUCCAGAGUCCUCAUGGUCUCAAGUGCGAUCGGUGCUGGAGGUAUGUGGUGGAACCACAGGAACAGGAGAGGCCCGAAGCAAAAGAGGUACCCUUACUCUGUCACCGAUGUACAGAUGCAGUUACGGAUUUCCAGAAAUGA